AUGGCAGAGUUGGCCCUAGCCGUCGUUGGUCUGGCUGUGGCCGUGCCGGCCAUAAUUGAGCCGACAGUGCGCUCGCUCCGCUUCAUUCGCGAGACUCUGCAUAAGUACCGUUCAACCGACACGAUCCAGGCACGUCUCAUCUUGCAGCUCGACCUGCACCUUGUCCAGGUCGAAAACCUGGCCAUGUUUAUCUACGGUACAUCCGGAGACGGUAAUGGCCACAGCGGCCUGGUGGCCACACUGGAUCCGACGUCACGGGCUGUUCUGGGUCGCGUCAUCGACACGCUCAGCCGCCUUCUGGAAGACUUUGCCGAGCAGUUGUCGACGGCGCUCGACAUCCGUGGAGGCCGGGUCAUCGGGCGGGCACGGCGUCUGGCCUUUGCCUUUCGUGGUCGCAGCGACCCUCUGCAACAACUGCUUCGCGAGUUGGAGUCGUGGGAGCGCAGCUUCAGCAACGUCGUCUUCUCAGCCUGUCUGGCCGCUGGCCGCCGGCUCCCGACUGGACUCGAUAGCGUGACCACCACCCCUGUGCGCAGUACCACUGCCCCAGUCUCUCAGUCGCCUCCGCCGGUUUACUCUCCCCUCGAAGCGCCUACUGCACGCCGUCCUAUUGCCGAGGAUCUCACCGAACUCAUCCAGCGCUGCUGUGUCCUGAAGCAGCCCCCAACAAAUUCGCCCCCACUGCGUCUCGUCCCCGUGUCCCGGGAUGGCUGCGCCCCUGUCCGCCAUUCUGGACUGCUCUUCCACAACGGGUUGCCGAGCUCCGACGGUGUACAGGGUGCGCCGCACUUUCUGGAGACGCACCAGCCCGGCUCCGUCAUGUCCAACACGGAUGAAGAAAUCCGUAAUAUUGCCGCGUUCUUGCGUGGUGCCAACCCCAGACUUGUGGCCUUGCUUCCCUGCCAGGGCUUCUUCGUCGAGACGGAACAGCAGCGGUUCUACAAUCCUGACGGCAGCAGCUUUUCCCUGCCUUCCUACAGCACGCGUACACUCCUCUUCAGUGUGCCGCAAGGAUUGUCGUCGCCACGCUCGCUGCGCGACGUACUGCUCGAGGCGCGCACGUCGGAAAUCAGACACUCGCUGGACGAGCGCGUGGCUCUCAUGAAAAAGCUCGCUUCGGCACUGCUCUUUAUUCACACAGCUGAACACAUCCACAAGAGCAUACGGGCAGACAAUGUUGUGCUUCUGAGGGAGGCAAGUACCGAGACAGAAUCUGAACAAAAAGGAUACGGCUUCCUCCCCCGGACGUCGGAAAUGGUGAUAGGUGAGCCCUUCCUGGUUGGCUUUGACCUCAGCCGGAAGGAGGCCCGCCACUCCGAUAUGAAGCCGACUGUCGAUCUCCAUAAAACAUACUACCUUCCCGUCGACCGUCAGGGAGCCCCUGUCCGGCGCUACUCCAUGCUCGACGAUAUCUACUCGCUCGGUGUGCUCUUUCUCGAGAUUGCUCUGUGGCGGUCGCUUGUAGAGUUCGAGCCGCAGGAGCAACGGCCGGACACAUCUGGCCUCCACGUUAACGACGGAGGAGACACAUGUGGGAAAUGGGCCUUGCACCAGCGUCUCGUCACACUAGCCCGUGAAGACGUCGCACGACGCAUGGGUUCUAUUGUGGCGGGGCUCGUUGUCGCCUGUCUGAUGUGUCUUGAUGCCAGCAAGGACGAACAUGACAACGAGUGGACUUCAUUCGGUCAGCGGGGUGAUCUGGCUGACCAAGACGGCAUCGUGCUGGGUCAAGCAUACAUUCGCAAAGUCAUCAUGGUUUUGGACACGGCUCUCUGGUGUGUCUCCCUGGUGCCUCCAAUUGGCCUGCACAAAUGGGGGGAGGACUGGGAUCCUGUCAUAGACUCGCUUCGACACUGGAAAUCAGUCAAGGUCAGCAGGAGCAAGGAACACAUCUGCCAACGUCAGACUGUUGCCAACAGAGUAUUUUCCGGCACUCGUCUCGAGAACCGCUUCUAG